AUGGAGCCGAUCUAUGGAACUAACAAGAAGUAUCUGCAAAGUAUCGCGGGCAGUGAGUACUACCGGAGCCCGAGCACGUUGCGGCCAAUGGCCAAUGAAUAUGCUUCCUACCAGAACACGCUCGGGCGGCGAUUGACCCUCGUCGGGCCGUACACGCACAUGAGCAAGUACUCGUACCCGACGGACGUGAGCCUCAGCAGCCACUACGGUUACACCUCCUGGGGACUUUGGCGCGACAGCCGCAACCUGUCGUCGUCACUUUACGCCAAGAAGCAGAAGAACAUCAAAUCGUUCUCGAUUAUAUUGAUGUCGGCCGCGUUCAUCAUCAUCCUGGCCGUGCUUUGUGUGGUGGGCUUAGCGUUUUACCUCAGCACGUUCCGGACGGAUCUCAGCGAGACGAUUCUUGCGUUCGAUUGUACAUUCCGAGUGGCACGUGGCGAUAUCUACACAACCGGACUGCGAACCAACAGCACGCCCGUGUACCGGCAGAAGACGGCGUUCUACGAAAAGCUGAUCGACACGUCGCUCGAGCGCAGCGGCCUCACCGUUUCCCGCGCGGAAAUCAUGAACUUUGGCGAUGGCCCGACGAUAGCGCUCAGCUUCCGCGUGUUUCUGGAUAUGCGCAAGAUCAAGAUCACCAUCAAUAACGUGGAGGAGCACAUCAGAACCGCCUUCCUGAACGAGGUGCUCAACCCGAACUCAGCGUUCAAGCACAUACGCAUCGACCCGGACAGCAUCGAGAUCAAGCGGCUGCUCGACCAGGAGGUCCUGAAGAAGGCCCUGCUAACCCGGAAUGAGCCAUUUCCACCGGUGGUCAAAUCGCCCGGCACCGGAUCCGGAUCCGGACCGGAUCAGGAACAACGCCACGUCACGAAGAAGACGGGCGUGAUCGAAAAAACUAUCCACAAGUUUACACCGCGCGUCACACCGGACCCGACGAUGGCCAGCAAACCGGGCAGCGGUUUGGUCGAGGCGGAGUCUGACAUUGACAUGGAUAAUUUACCGGUUAUACAGGGAUCGUUUGAGAUAACGAAAACAGAUGCGGACAUCACGCAGAAGCGCACGGGCGGUGGCCACAGCACGGAUCCAACCGGAAAAGUGCCGCCGGCACCGUCCACGCUGAAGCCGUUCGCCAUCAGUCCGGCCCAGAUAACGGUCCGGGGCGGUGACAAGACGCGGCCAGCCGAGAACAUUAAGGCGGUGGUAGCCAGCCCAGGGGCUGGUGGGGGCGAGGAUGAGAAGCCAUCAACCGGUGGGUACGGUCCGGGCAGCCGAUUUGACCGGCCAACGGGCACCGGCGGGAUGAAGUCGAAGUAUGAAACGGCCACGGCGAAGAUCGAAAAAAUGGAUAAGCACGGUGCGACGACGAAGAAAAUUAAAACAACUUCCCUGAAACCACCGACCCCCGGUGGGGGUGGAAGUCGUCGGGCUACCUCCACGGUGGGGUUGGGUGGACGUAGCACAACCACAACACGACCAUCCUCGACCUCGACGGUUGCACCGACGACAACGAUGACGACAACAACAACGACAACAACGACGACGGCAAGGACGACGCUGGUGGGUCGAGUUGGUGUGUCCUCGCUGGGUACAAGCCGUGCACCUACGCAAAUUGCCAGCACAACGAACCGUUUGACGACACUCCGAUAUCAGGUAUUGGCAUCUCAGGGCGCAUCGAAUGAGCCAUCGUCGGUGUCGGGUUGGGAGGAUGUUGACGAGGAUAACGGUGCUGAUGAGGACGAUGAGGACGGAGAUGAAGAUGGCCCGGAGUUUGAGCAGGAUGAGGACGCACUGUUGGGGUCGUACGGAGCGGACCAGCACCUGCCGGUGAUUGCGUCGGAUGACGAGGGCAGCACGAAUGGCACACUUUUGGGGACGAUUUUUCAGGCCAUCAUUAACGACAGCAUCCCGGAGGAGUACGCGAGUACCGAUCGGCGUCGGAUUGGUGGUCGUCCGGAGCUGGACAGUAUACCGAAGCUGGACGUGAAUCUGUUCACGAGCGCACCCGUGCUUGAUAAGCAACCCUGGCAACCCAUCAAUCCUAGUUCGGGUCCAGGACAGCAGCAGCAGCAGCAGCAGCAGCCGGCUAUGGUUGAUCAGCGUACGGGAUUGCCGGCCCGGAAGAAGGCAUCACUGGCGGAGGAAAUCCUCUACCGGAACCGACCAUCAGACAUCGAGAGUGUGCUGGCGUACACGGAGAACCCGAACGGGCAGGUCUACUAUCAGAGCUACACCAAUCCGAGCUUUGGGUCGUCCACGCUUGGGAUCGAGCCGUUGGGCGUUGCGGAUGUUCGGCCGUACCCGUUGCCGGUGGAUAAGAUCCAUGAGGAGGCGAUACCGGACUUCAAGUACCUCACGCCGACGGCUGUGGAUGCGAGCGAGCAGCUGCUAAAUCUCACGCUCGACGAGCAGAAGUUCGAACAUCUUGGGGAUGGUGUGAUCGCUAAAAAACCGGACCAAUCGGUUUCCGUUGGACGCGAACCGUUGGUGACGACGGAACAGACCGGAGAUGGUACCACCUUCGAGGUGCCGGUUUUGGGUGAGGGUUUACCAUCGGAUGAGACCUCAACGGAGGUGUAUUACUACGUUGGUACGACGGAACCUGUGUCGGUUGGGGAGUUUAACGGCACGCUUGAUGGUGUUGAGAUGCUACCGGAUGUCGCUAUGGAUCUCGAGUCCCGGAACGAUCCGGAAGAGUCCGAACAGGUCACAACGACGACCGGUGCUCCUGUCACGGUGGAGAUGACUCAGGAUGAGCUGGAGCAGUUGCUCGGUAUCACUACGACGCUGCAGACCACUGGCACCGGGUCUGGAAGUUCGAGUGAGGAGAUCCAGCGAGAAGACGCGUUGAUGACAAGCACAACUGAAGAAGCGAUAUCGGCUAGUUCCGAGGAGGUAACGGACGAGAUGAUCCUUACUACCACAACCGAGCGAACAUCGAGCCCUAACCUGAGACGAACGUCCACGACGUACGUUGAGGUGGAAACGCUUCAGUACACGCCUUCGUCAACAGCUCCAUCGACCAGCACCAUGCCGGAACUGUUCCCGAUCACGAAGUGGGAGUUUGUGAAUGGAACGCGACGCACCACAGCCGAAAAGCCACCCACACGGAAGGUGUUCAACGAGACGCUGCAAGCGUUGGUGGUGGAAAACGUACAGCCCGAUGGGACGACGGCAAUGCCACGUGUACCAGUGGUAAACCUAGAGGCGCUCAAAAGUACUCGACCCAACGCGACCAACUUGCAGAACCUGUCGGAUAUCUUCGAUAGACUGGCGUCAAAAUUGGGCAUUAACCCGGAGGUGUCGAGUAAGAUGCCACCUUUUUCAUCGCUGCUGAAAAUCAAGACCCAAAACCGGAACUCCGUCAAUCGAACUGGCACGACUGGGACGCGUCCUCGCAUCACCACCACGACUACGACAACCACGCGACCAAAGCGGAAGAAGACGCGCCCAACGGCGACGAGACGCACCACGACGACGACGACGACGACGACGACGACCAGCAUGGCACCGGAAGUGGCUUUCCCGGAAACGACACCGAUGGCGCGGGUCAUCCCAACCAUCAUUAACGACGAAAUUGACGACGUCGUGCCGGUCAUGCUGGAGACGUCAUCGGACAUGCUGUCGGCGGAACAGGCCGUCGUCGGGCAGGCGGAAGUCGAAGUAAUCGAUCCGAAUCGCUACGAGGAGAUGCUCAGCUCGAUGGCCCUGGCCGCGGGUCAGGGUGGAAAGCCCUCAGCGGUGGGGACGGCAACGAUGGCCCCGCCGUCCGCUCUCGUGACGCUGCUUCCGGUAAAGUCGAACUCGGGCAUUCGCAACUUCCGCCCGAAAACGAAGCGCCCGACGGCGACCGGGGCGCAUAAUCACGGUGAUAAAAGCGAGAGCAGAAAAAUGGACGCGGUGGGCUCAAAAUUAAUGAAUGCAAAUAAAGCGGACGAUGGUGCCGGCCAGCAUCCCGCCCGGUGGUCACAGGACGCUGGGAAAGCGCAACAGGGAAGUAAUAAAAACAACACAAUGGUCGAAACGGUGGUGCGGGCCAGCAUGCGCUUCGAGUCGUAA